AUGCAUUCAUUUCUCAAGAAGUUAUUAGGAACCUGGAAAAGUGUUGAAGCUAUUGGAAAAUAUCCAACAAUUAAGAACUUCGCAUAUAAUGAGGAAUUAGUCUUUGAAGAACGUGGACAGCCACUUUUGAUCUAUAAAGCCAUAACAAACAUCGGAGGAGUCACAAAACACUGUGAAAGUGGCUUCAUUCGUGCUAAUGCACAGAAUAACAAAGCAUUCACAAAUGAAGCUCACAAUUUUGGACUGUCUGUCGUUAUGGAAGGUGAAAUAAGUGAGAAUAAGAUGACCUUGGAAUCUAAAGAAUUAGGAAGAUUGUCAGUUGGCAAGGAACCGUUUGUCACAAAGAUUGCCAAAAUUUACGAACUUUCAAGUGAUGAUACUUUGAUAAUAACAACAGACAUGGCCACAACAAGCACUGAAAUGACUAAUCAUUUAAUAGUCACAUACAAAAAGGAAAAUGUUUAA